CCGAAUCCUGCUCGACGCUUGCAUCCCACUCUCAUCCUCUAUCUCCGUUUUCCUGGUGGAAGUGGCCAUCUGGCAUGGCUGCAGCAACGUACUCUUAUACCUACCCGUCCGUUCCCUCAAGAAAUCGCUUCUCGUACUACAAGGAACAACUGCGACCGGCCUUCUUGCCUACCACCACGCCGGAACCAUACAGCUCGAGCGGCCCUCACCGCGCACUCGGAAUAUCGUCAAACGUUUCCUAUGUCCCGAGCGCGAUAACGACCGCAAGCACGAGUGUCAAUGGCCGUUCAGGAGACUUGAUGUCUACACCGGCUAUCGCGUGUGUUCUUCCCCCCGAGCUAGUUACGCGUGCUCUCGAGCUCGAAGAGGCUCGCAAACAUCACUCUCGAGCGGUCUCGCCUCCUCUAGACUUCUCGACGUUGCCUCAUGCGAAGUCAGCGCGGACGACUCCUUUAGGUUAUGCGUACUCGCCAACGCUCCGCAGGACACUUCGGCUGCCUCAGACGGAGUGGGCCUCCUCCAGACGAAAACCUACUAUGCAGUCCUUGGUCUCCAGGAACGUGCGUGCCAACGAUACCAGCCACGAGUACUCCUCUCGCGCGUUGUCAUCUUGCAAGCGGAAGCGGAUAAGCGAGGAUGAGGAAGAUGCAUCGUCGUCCUCGUCUGCGCCUUCAAGUCCACACUCUUCGCAAUCUACUCGCACGAGCUCACGCGUCUGUAAAAGUCUGUCGUCGUGUACUUCGGGGUCGAGCUCUCGUACUUCUCCUUUGGCUCGUCAGUCGGCCUUCUCAAAGGAGGUAACCGUCAAUAAGCUAACAGUGGGCGCAUCCACCGCGAAGGGGAGGAAGGCCACCGGUGGCUCGUCGUCGAAACCAAGUGUCAAGGGCAAGAACUCAAAGAAGAAGCCCACAAAACGGACUAGUACACCGAGAAAGUCUCGCAUCAUUCGUCCCGCUGUCAAAAUCUCCGCGACACAAAGCUCGGCGAUUCAGAGUCGGAAGCGGAAAGCACCGGCUUGUCGGGUAGACCCUACACUUCCUCUCAGAAAACGGGCGCGCCUCGACCCGGGCUUGGAGGCGUCGCCAACUACGGUUGACGCAGGCUCGGAGAAAGAGAAUGGGCUGUCUUCCGCCAAGGAAGUACCCGAUACGUCUAUGUCAGGUAGUAUACCUGUGGCGUUCCUUCGGCGAUCUGGACGUCGGCGUGUUCCGACUGAUAAAACCUCGCUCAACGCCGAGUGA